UUAGCUACCAGCCACAAGCUCUAGCUCUAGCUCCACCAAAGUACAGCGCGCGUGUACGCGGUACGGACGCCUAGCUAGCUAGCUAGCUUCUUCUUCUUCUUCUUCUCCGGCGAGAAGGGGUGGUACGUACGUACGGUAUCGGAAUAAUGGCCGAGACGCACGCCAACGGUAACGGCAACGGCCAUGGAAACGGGAACGGCGCGGCGAAGGCGAGGCGGUCGACGAGUGUGUCAAGGAUGAUCGAGUCGGAGGGGGCGGUGCUGAUGCCGGGCGUGUACGACGCGCUGUCGGCGGCCAUCGUGCAGAAGACCGGCUUCUACGCCGGCUUCAUCUCCGGCUACGCCGUCUCCGGCUCGCUGCUCGGCACCCCCGACGUCGGCCUCCUCACGCCGCCGGAGAUGGCGGAGACGGCGAGGCGCAUCUGCUCGUCUGCCCCCAACACCCUCUUCAUCGCCGACGCCGACACUGGUGGUGGCAAUGCUCUGAAUGUGAAGCGUACUGUUCAAGACCUGAUGGCAGCAGGUGCUGCAGGCUGCUUCCUCGAGGACCAAGCAUGGCCCAAGAAAUGUGGACACAUGCAUGGAAAACAGGUGAUCCCAGCAGAGGAGCACGCGGUGAAGAUAGCUGCUGCGAGAGAGGUGGUUGGUGACCGUGACUUCUUUAUCGUCGCCCGGACUGACGCUCGAUCUGUCACUGGCCUGGAUGAUGCCAUCAGGCGCGCCAAUCUCUACAUUGAUGCCGGAGCGGACGCGUGCUUCGUGGAGGCGCCGAGGAGCGACGAGGAGCUGAUGGAGAUCUGCAGGAGGACGAAGGGGUACCGCGUGUGCAACAUGCUGGAGGGCGGGAAGACGCCGCUGCACACGAGGCAGGAGCUCAUGGAGAUGGGCUUCCACCUCAUCAAGUCCCCCCUCACCACCGUCUACGCCGCCGCCCGCGCCCUCGUCGACGUCCUCUCCGCGCUCAAGAAGGCCGAGACCACCCGCGACGAGCUCCACCGCCUCACCACCUUCACCGAGUUCAACAACCUCGUCGGCCUCGACUCCUGGCUCGACAUCGAGGACCGCUUCUCCGCCCCCAAGCCACUGCCGCCGCCGCCGGAGACGGAGGCGAAGGAGAAGGCCAAGGCGAAGCUGGCAGCUGCCGUCAACGGCAACGGAGCUACCAAUGGAGUACACUGAGCUCAAGAACCUUCACUGCAGGCCUACACAUGGAAUAAAUCGGAUCAAAAUGUGGCUGUCAGGGAGGGAGCCAAUUAAAAUGGGUGGAUUACAUUGAUUAAUUCUCCUGCGUGCAUGCACUAUUGGUGGAUUUUGUGAGGUGUGUGAUAGUUUAUAUUGCUGUGUCAUUGCUAUUCUGUGCGUCAUUCUGCACAUAAACAGUAAGGGUAAAUAUGCGUGAGUGUUUUUUGUUUUUCGAUUUUUUUUGGGUUCAGUACAGUAUAUGCAGCUAUGCAUCUGUCUGAGUUUCGAGUCAGUGCUCUCAUGGACAGGUCCACAGUGAUCGAGGCAUGAAGCAUCUGUCUGUCUGCCAGUCAGUGUCUCUGUCAGUGUAUCAUGAAAUUUAUUGGAAUAAAUGAGCCCAUGGACCGUAUACCAUUGGGCUGU